UUUAAAAAAAAAAUAUGAUACUUAUCCAAUAAUUAAGAAAUAAGAAUACAAAACACAAGAUGAUCCUCAUCACCUACUUUGGGGACAUUGUGCAGAGCAAUAAUUUACAAUUUUUACACACACAAGAAGGCAAAAAAUUAUUAUCUGAUUGAAGUGCCCCACCGCCACCAUUACUCACAAGCUCUGUAAUCUCAAAUGUAGAUGAGGCCUGGAGAAAUAAACCCUACAAACCAACACACAGUACUCUCAAAAUCUCAAGUCAUGGAAAGACAGUCCAUCUGUCUCUAUCUUCGUAUAAAGUAGUGGGUUGCAUUUCCUUUUCGUUUCUUUUGGGUUUUUAGUUAGGAAAGAUCACAUUUUGAAGUUUGAAAAAAUCUUUUAUCAUAUUUAUCUAUAUAUUUGGCGUGGGGUUUUAUUGAAUUUUGCCAUUCCUUUUUGUCUUCUCUUGCCCAUCUUAGAUUUAUUCACACAGCUUUUUUUCAUUGUGGGGUUUGAGCAGAUUAGACCGAACUCAUUAAGUAUUCAAAGUUUCUUGGAUUUCUUUUUUUUUUUUGUCCUGUCCUAAUAUGACUAUCUUCACUUGAUACCGAGUUUAGUGCUUGAAGGGAUCUGCAUUUUAUGCUGACAUCUUCAAAUUGAGGUUUGCAUUUUGGAGCCUGGUAAAUUUGGGAUAAAUAACCUAAAGAGGUUUACCUUGAAUUAUAUAAAAUGGAGAACUAUGAUGUCUUGGAGCAGAUUGGGAAAGGCUCGUUCGGUUCUGCAUUGCUUGUUAGGCAUAAACAAGAGAAGAAGAAGUAUGUUCUGAAGAAAAUCCGCCUCGCUCGACAGACUGAUAGAACGCGAAGAUCUGCUCGACAGGAGAUGGAGCUUAUUUCUAGAGUUCGAAAUCCGUAUAUUGUCGAGUACAAAGACUCCUGGGUGGAAAGGGGUUGUUACGUUUGCAUUGUGAUCGGGUACUGUGAGGGUGGAGACAUGGCUGAAGCCAUUAAAAAGGCGAAUGGAGUUCAUUUUUCCGAGGAGAAACUUUGCAAGUGGCUGGUACAACUAUUGAUGGCGCUCGAUUACUUGCACACCAAUCACAUUCUACAUCGUGAUGUGAAGUGUUCAAACAUAUUUCUGACCAAAGAUCAGGACAUACGCUUAGGGGAUUUUGGUCUUGCUAAAAUAUUAACCUCUGACGAAUUAGCUUCUUCUGUUGUGGGCACACCGAGUUAUAUGUGCCCCGAGCUUCUUGCUGAUAUACCUUAUGGUUCAAAAUCGGACAUUUGGUCCUUAGGAUGCUGCAUUUAUGAAAUGGCUGCUCACAAGCCUGCAUUUAAAGCCUUUGAUAUACAAGGUCUGAUCAACAAAAUAAAUAAAUCGACAGUAGCUCCACUUCCAACUAUGUAUUCUGCUCCCUUGCGUGGGCUCGUCAAGAGUAUGCUCCGCAAAAAUCCCGAGAUUAGACCGAGUGCUGCAGAUUUGCUGAAACAUCCACUUCUUCGCCCCUACAUACUCGACAUUCAUCUCAAAUCCAACAACCUCAGACGAAACACUUUUCCACCUCAAUCAUCCGAACCUAGUUUUGUCAAGAAAACGAGAUUUACAGACUAUGAAGCUACGGUCAAAAGGGAGAAAAUUCUAUCGUUCAUCAAUGAUAGGGCUCUUAAUCCCAGCAUAUCGGGAAAUGACCUGAAUCCUCAUUGUUCCUCUGAAAGAGCUCACAAAUCCUCGAGCCAUUCGAACGAGAAGUUAUCCGACAUUUCAGUCGAGGACAUUGGUGUAAAGAAACCGGUUACGGCAAAAUUCUCAGCUUCUGCUGCAUUGAAAACCCCAAGAAUGGUUUCGGCAAAAGCUUAUAAUAACUCCAAUCCUAGAAGACAAUCGUUGACUCCUUCGAGAAUAUCGAAUCCUGGAUCAACUCGCGAAUUGCUCCCGGUUUCACACACCCCGGCCCAAAAGCCCUCCCUCCCGAUAUCAAGACGGGCUUCCGGCCCGAAGCUUAUCUCCGGGCCCGUUUCCCCCGACGUGUCGGUAAAUGCCCCGCGAAUGGACAAGAUGGUUGACGAGCUCCCGAUCCUUUCCGGGCCCCGCCGGGCCUCCUUCUCGGUUUCCGCCGCCACUAAGGACAAGGUCACGAGCGAGUGGUCGGAAAACGACCGAUUGUCCUCUGACAGUGGGCAGCGAGUUCGGAGGUUCGACAUGCGGUCUUACCAGCAGCGGGCGGAAGCUCUCGAGGGGCUGCUCGAGUUCAGUGCACAGUUACUGCAGCAAGAGAGGUUUGACGAGCUGCAGGUGCUGCUGAGGCCGUUCGGGCCCGAGAAGGUCAAGAGUGUAUUGUUUUCAAGUUUGUAUUCUCAAACCAUCCUCCGCCCCCCGCCCGCCAUAGGGUCUCUGUCCGCUUGCACCUUCUCCUGCCAGGUCGCUGACGUUCAGCCGUCAUCUUCCGCGUCUCGCCCACCCGGAGUUCCCGUCAUGCUGCUCCCUGUCGCCGCCAGCAUUGCCAUCACCACACCGCCGCCAAUGAAGUUACCAGCCGUCAACAGCAGUCGCUAA